AUGAGCUUAGAUCGCGACCAACACAGGCGAGAUGCUGGCAUGGAAACGUCUGGGGAAACCGACUCGUCCGAGCUUGGUCAAUUGUCACCCUCAGGUCCAGUCAAUGCACCACCGCUGAAGAGCACACCGGUUUUGACCAAAACCAAAGAAAGGAUAUCCGACCCCGUUAUCGCAGCAUUCAUUGCUGGAGGGGUAGCCGGCGCUGUAUCGAGGACGAUCGUAUCACCACUCGAACGCCUCAAAAUCUUGCUUCAGAUUCAGACUGUGGGCAGAGAGGAAUAUAAACUAUCCAUAUGGAGGGCUCUCGUGAAGAUUGGAAAAGAGGAAGGCUGGCGAGGCUUCAUGCGUGGUAACGGCACAAACUGCAUUCGCAUAAUACCUUAUUCAGCCGUCCAGUUCGGGAGCUACAACUUCUACAAAAAGUUCGCGGAGCCUUUUCCAGAUGCUGAGCUGUCGCCAAUCCGGCGCUUACUAUGUGGAGGAGCUGCUGGCAUCACUUCAGUCACCAUUACAUACCCUCUCGACAUCGUCCGAACGCGACUCUCUAUUCAGUCCGCAUCUUUCGCUGCUCUCGGUCAGAGAAGCACUGCCGAACAACUGCCUGGAAUGUUCACAACUAUGGUUCUGAUUUAUAAGAAUGAGGGUGGUUUUGUUGCCCUCUAUCGCGGUAUUGUCCCCACAGUCGCUGGCGUUGCUCCAUAUGUGGGCCUCAAUUUCAUGACAUAUGAGUCUGUUCGCAAGUAUUUGACUCCUGAAGGGGAUAAGAAUCCCAGUCCCUGGCGCAAGCUACUAGCAGGUGCCAUCUCAGGGGCUGUAGCUCAGACUUGCACAUAUCCAUUUGAUGUCUUGCGACGGCGUUUCCAAAUAAACACGAUGUCGGGAAUGGGCUAUCGGUAUACAUCAAUUUGGGACGCUGUGAGGGUUAUCAUCGCGGAGGAAGGCCUGCGCGGGUUUUUCAGAGGAAUAGUGCCUAACCUUCUGAAAGUUGCUCCGAGUAUCGACCUGGACCGUCACCAUGUGCGCAGCACCCACCGCAAGGCGCCGAAGAGCGAGAACGUCUACCUGCAGGUCCUUGUGAAGCUCUACCGCUUCCUCGCCCGCCGCACGGAGUCCAACUUCAACAAGGUUGUGCUGCGCCGCCUUUUCAUGUCGAGAAUCAACCGCCCUCCCGUCUCCCUUUCGCGGCUCGUUUCCAAUGUCACCGAUUCUCACAAGGGCAAGACCAUCGUCGUGAUUGGAACCGUUACUGAUGACAAUCGUCUUCUCACCGUUCCCAAACUCUCUGUGGCCGCUUUGCGAUUCACUGCUACUGCGAGAGCCAGGAUUGAGAAGGCUGGAGGUGAGACUCUGACCUUGGAUCAGCUCGCACUUCGCGCACCUACUGGAGCCAACACUCUUCUCCUCCGUGGCCCCAAGAACGCCCGUGAAGCUGUCAAGCACUUCGGCUUCGGACCCCACAGCCACAAGAAACCUUACGUUCGAAGCAAGGGUCGGAAAUUCGAGAGAGCUCGCGGACGUAGAAGGUCUCGUGGCUUCAAGGUUUAA